AUGUUGGAUCGGGAACAUUCUUGGAAUUGGCUGUCGGUGGCACUCUGCAUUCUCCUGGCUUUGAAGCCCUCUGGUUGUAAAGAUUUAUCUGGUUCCCGGCCCAACAUCCUUCUCCUGAUGGCAGAUGACCUCGGCAUUGGAGACAUUGGCUGUUAUGGCAACAACACCAUCAGGACUCCAAAUAUUGACCGCCUUGCAGAGGACGGGGUGAAACUCACCCAGCACAUCGCUGCCGCGCCCGUGUGCACCCCAAGCCGAGCUGCUUUCCUGACGGGCAGGUACCCGCUCCGGUCAGGGAUGGUUUCCAGUGGUGGCAACCGAGUUCUUCAGUGGGCAGCAGUAUCUGGAGGCCUUCCCAAGAGUGAGACCACUUUUGCAAAAAUAUUAAAAGAUGAAGAUUACACCACUGGACUGAUAGGAAAAUGGCACCUGGGCCUCAAUUGUGAAUCUUCCAGUGAUCACUGCCACCACCCUCUCAACCAUGGAUUCGACCACUUCUACGGGAUGCCUUUCUCCAUGAUGGGAGACUGUUUGUACUGGGACAUCUCCGAGAAACGCGCAGGCCUGGAGCGCAAACUCAACCUCUGCGCCCAGAUCCUGGCCUUGGCUAUACUCACGCUGGCCACCGGGAAGCUCACUGGCUUGGUGUCGGUGCCAUGGAUGCCGGUCGUCUGGUCAGCCAUGGUGGCUGUCCUGCUCUGCACCAUCUCACACUUCACGGGCACGCUGAUUGUUCACGCGGACUGUUUCCUCAUGAGAAACCACUCCAUCACGGAGCAGCCCAUGCUCUUCCAGAGAACCACGUCUCUCAUCCUCAAGGAGGCUGCGUCGUUUAUCAAAAGAAACAAGCGCGGCCCUUUCCUGCUCUUUGUUUCCUUCCUACACGUCCAUGUUCCCCUUAUUACCACCGAGAAGUCCCUGGGAAAGAGCCUCCACGGGCUGUACGGGGACAACGUAGAGGACAUGGACUGGAUGGUGGGACAGAUCCUGGAUACUUUGAAUGAGGAAGGUUUGACCAACAGUACCCUCGUUUAUUUUACAUCAGAUCAUGGUGGAUCCUUAGAGUCCCAACUCGGAAAUCACCAGUAUGGUGGCUGGAAUGGAAUAUAUAAAGGAGGCAAAGGCAUGGGGGGCUGGGAAGGGGGCAUCCGCGUCCCCGGAAUCUUCCGGUGGCCUGGGGUGCUGCCCGCCGGCCGGGUGAUCGAUGAGCCCACCAGUCUGAUGGAUGUUUUCCCCACGGUGGUCCAGCUGGGAGGCGGCCAGGUGCCCCAGGACAGAGUGACCGAUGGCUGGGACCUGACACCCCUGCUGCUUGGGGCCACCAUACACUCGGGCCACGAGUUCCUGAUGCAUUACUGCGAGGGGUUCCUGCACGCGGCCCGGUGGCACCAGAGGAGCACAGGCACCAUCUGGAAAGUCCACUUCGUGACCCCCAAGUUCCACCCAGAGGGCGCCGGCGCCUGCUACGGCAGAGGGGUCUGCCCGUGCUCAGGGGCGGGGGUUGUCCACCAUGACCCACCUGUGCUCUUCAAUCUCUCCCGGGACCCUUCCGAGGCCCACCCCCUCACGCCGGCCACGGAGCCCUUGUUCCACCAGGUUGUGGAGAGGGUGGCCCAAGCCGUGGAGGAGCACCAGCGGACGCUCACCCCAUCUUCCUUGCAACUGGACGCACUAAACAACAUCUGGAGACCCUGGCUCCAGCCGUGCUGUGAUGUCUUCCCCUUGUGCUGGUGUGAUCGGGAAGACCACCAACAGUAACUAUGUGCCAGCAAAACCAGGGUUCCUGUGGUGGGCCUCAUUGCUGGGAUUCCGUUAGGGAUUGAAUUGUGCACCUCUAAAAGUUGUGCAGAAAUCCUAAUCCCUGUACCUGUGCACCCAUGACGACCCCACCUGUGUCAUAGUAGAGCUGUGCUCCAUAGGGCUUUCAAGGCUGUGACCUUUUGGAAGCAGAUUGCCAGGCCUUUCUUCCAAGGCACCUCUAGGUGGGUUCGAACUGCCAACCUU